AUGGUAGCCCAUAAACAACCAAAAGUGCUCCUAUUUGACAUUGGAGGAGUCUGUGCCAUCUCGCCCUUUCAGUCCAUAUUAGAUUAUGAACUAAGUCUAGGGAUCCCGCCAGGAUGGAUUAACCACUCGAUAUCAAAAACUGCACCUGAAGGUUUCUGGCAUAGACUAGAGAGGGGAGAGAUUCUCCUGGACGAUGCAUUUUAUACUGGCUUCAACGAAGACCUUCAUAAUCCGACGAGGUGGGCCUCAUUCUAUAAGGUCCAGCAGUCAAAGAACCCGAACCUCCCAAAGGAAAUUCCUCCAGUACCGAAGCUCGAUGGACGUUGGCUUUUCAACGAUAUGAUGACUUCUUCGACAGAUCUAGAUCCGUGGAUGUAUCCGGCGCUUAAGAAUCUGAAGGCUAGUGGGAAGUUUAUCCUCGCCGCAUUGAGCAACACCGUCAUCUUCCCACCUGGCCACGCGCUCCAUAGGGCGGAUUUCUUCGCCGACCCGCUCCGGAGCUUAUUUGACGUUUUUGUGUCCUCUGCACACGUAGGGCUGCGGAAGCCAGACCCCAAGAUCUAUCAGUAUGCGCUGAACGAGGUGGAUAAAUAUGCCAAGUCUCAUUCCGACGAGGGAAGAGGACGAUCAUUGGGCUGGCAAGAAGGGGUAAAGCCAGAUGACAUUGUCUUCCUUGACGAUAUCGGCGAGAAUCUAAAAGCGGCUAAGACGUUGGGUUUCCGAACUAUAAAGGUGCCUCUGGGAAAAGCAUUUGAAGCAGUCGAUGAGCUGGAGACUAUAACAGGCCUCAAGUUAGCUGGUGACCACCCUAGGAUACCUAUCAAGCCGAAGAUAGGGGGCACGCAUGCUAAACUGUAG